AAAAAAUCUAGCACCCCGAUCACCCGUGAGUCAGACAAACAAAGUUAAGAACUAAAGAGGUACAGUAGCUUGGAAGUUGUAGUAGAGCGUGUAAAAUGGGUAGUAUCGGUAACAGCUUGUUUUCUUAUUCAGUUCUCAAAGCUCCUCUUGAAAACAAGAAGAUAUUGAUGAACUCUGCAUGCUAUUCCUUUGUGUCCAUUUCCAAGAGUAGCUCAAGCUUGAGAAAGAUUAAUUGUAAACUACCUGAGACUCAGACUGGGAUUCAGCAGCACAGACACACAAGCAAAAAAGCCUCCGAUUCAAAGACCAACAAGAUGGAAGAGUACAACAUUGCUAUGAAGGGGAUGAUGAGGAACCCUUAUGAGUAUCACCAUGAUCUUGGCAUGAACUAUACCCUGAUAACUGAAAAUCUGAUAGUGGGCUCCCAGCCACAGAAACCUGAAGAUAUAGAUCACCUAAAAAAGGAAGAGAAUGUGGCAUAUAUUUUGAACUUGCAGCAGGACAACGAUGUUGAAUAUUGGGGAAUUGACCUGCAGUCAAUAAUAAAAAGAUGUCAAGAACUUGGAAUCCGUCACAUGAGGAGGCCUGCAAGAGACUUUGAUCCAGAUUCAUUGAGAAGUGGAUUACCUAAAGCUGUUUCAUCACUGGAAUGGGCCAUUUUUGAGGGGAAAGGAAAAGUGUAUGUGCACUGCACUGCUGGAUUGGGGAGGGCACCAGCUGUUGCUAUCUCUUACAUGUUCUGGUUUUGUGGGAUGAAUCUGAAUACAGCAUAUGAUACACUAACUGCAAAAAGGCCUUGUGGCCCCAAUAAGAGAGCAAUACGUGGAGCUACUUAUGAUCUAGCUAAGAAUGAUCCAUGGAAAGAGCCUUUUGAGAAUCUUCCAGAAAAUGCAUUUGAGGGUAUAGCAGAUUGGGAGAGGAACUUGAUUCAAGACCGUGUCCGUUCCCUCCGUGGAAGUUGAGCACUUAGGUUUCCAUGCCAUUAGAAAUUCCCAGCAUCUUAUCAACAAUAAAUAGCAAGAUAAUGAAACAUAGAGUGGGUACGGGGGCAAUUUCACGCCUGCACUCAAAGCUGGAGCUUUUCAAGUAUACUUUACGAGCCUCUCUUAGAAAGAAUUAAAAUCUAGCUUCAAUUGUUAUGUAUGAUUUAUGAUUCAAAUAAUGUAUUUAAGAAGCAAAUAAAAUUGAGCUGCCAAGAUGGCACUGGGGGUUUAGCUGUUGCAAUAGUUUUUGACAUUUGGUCAUCUGACCAAUUAUUUAUCUAUAUUAUCUUGGUCAUCUGACCAAGAUGGCACUGGGCUUCUUUUUAA